AUGCAGGCUAAUGAAAAAGAUAACGCUAAUAAUGAUAUUAAAUUGACAUUAGAAGAAAAAAAUCUUCUUGCUGAUGCAACUAACCCUAAUAUAAAAGUACCAUAUUUACCAAAUAUGAUAUCUAAUGAUUAUUCAAAUUUUGACCCAAAAAAAGUAUCAUCUGGAAAUAGAAGAUAUAAUGAUAAAGAAUUUUUACCAAAAAGAAUAAUUUAUGUGAUGAAGGAACGUGUUUAUCGUGAUCCAAGAAUAGCUCAAAUUUGUGCUAUGAUAAUUUUAUUUUGGCUUCUUAUUGCUCUCCUUGUCUCUGGUAUUUUAAUGUAUCGUUAUUUUAUCUAUAAACCAACAUAUUGUGGAUGGUACUCAACAGAUUUUAUUUCUAAUGGUAUUCCAGCUCACCUAGAACAAAAUAUGGAAAUUGAUUCAGAUGGUUUGUAUGAAAAAAUUCAAGUUCCACAAUUUGGUUUAAAUAGAAAAACAAUUUAUAUACAUGAUUUUAGAAAAAAUAUUACAGCUAUUGUUGAUGUUCUUGAACAACGUUGUUUCUUAAAACAAUUAGAUCAUAAUAUUAUUCCAAUGCCAAAAGUUUUUAUAGAUUUAAUAAAUCAAUUACAAGAAGCUUUUCCAGAUAGAGAGAAACACUAUCCUAGAGUUGUCAAGGAGACCUAUCGUGUAGGUCCAAGAAUCAGUAUUGAAAACUUAUUAAAAUUAGACAGUGUUAUGAUAACAAGACACUGUUUAUCUAAAGAUGUUUUCCAAUUAAAAAGAAUUUCUCGAAGUUCAGAAAAAUUAUAUUAUUUUAAAAGAAAAAGAAGAGGUACUUCUGAUUCACAAGUUUAUCAUUUUUCGGAGUAUCAAGAUCUUCAAGAAAACAGUCCUUUGUUUUUAAUUAUCUACUGCUAUCAAUUAAAAGGGCAUAUAAAGAAAUAA